AUGGAGAUAUCGGGCGAGUUGUAUGUCACUUGUAGUAAGAUCAUCCCUAUCAUUAAUUGUCUGAUAAGAACUUUGGAAAAACUCGACAUUACUCAUGAGAUUUCAGAACGCUUUCAUAAAAAUGUUUUACUACAACUCCAAAAUAGAUUUCGAGGAAAGGACUCAAACAUUGAAACAAACAGUUUUCUUUCUAUAUCUACUUUGUUGGAUCCACGCUUUAAGAAGCUGCACUUUAGCAAUUCAUUAGCGGUUUCUACAGCAAUAAGCAAGAUCUCCCAGUUAAUGAAAAAUAAUCAAAUAGAAACGCAAUGUAAUGUAGAAGAGAAUAUAAAUAUUCCUAGAAAAGAAGAUCUUUGGAACAUUCACGAUGAAUUAAUAGCUUCUUCAUCAUUAAAUUCUGACGAGCCUGGUGGCAUACCAGUCGAACUUCGACAAUUUCUUAAUACUAAUGUCAUUAGCAGAAGUGAGGAUCCAUUCAAAAUUUGGCAAAAAUUGAAGGAUGUUUAUCGAAUGGUGUAUGAAGUUGCCAUGAAGUAUUUUGUGUCGGAACAUCAGUUCCAUCUGAACGGUUGUUUAGUGCUGCCGGAAAUAUUAUCAGCAUGA